GCACGCAGGCGUGGUGAACAGUUCCGCAGGCAGGGGGCGUAAACAUGGCGGAGCCAGCGGUGUCGCCCUCAGUAUCACAACACUAGACCGAGACUGCACCGCUAACUGGCUGACAUCAGAAGUCCACGCAGAGAGGACGAGUACGGUUCCGUUACGCGUUCAGAAAUAACUGCGAGCUGGUACAUUUUCUUAUGCGCGUGCGGCAAGGCGGGUUGGAUUCGAUUGGAAAGGGGGGAUUUUCUCCGCACUCUCAUUCCAGACAUUUCGUUUUUUUUCUUCUUCUCCUUUGCUCCUCGAUGCUUUUGCACAGUCACAGGGUGUCACACAGCAGGUGAAACAACGACCGCUUCUUCGGAUUUGGGAGGAAAUGUCGAGCGAGAAACCGGUGUCUGCGCCGGGUUCGGUUUCGCUCUCGGACCGAGAACCUCCCUCGGGCCAUGGGCAGCAAGCGGGUGCGGGAGCAGGUGCCGGGGAGAUGAUGGUGUCCGGUUCGGGCUCGAUGGUCCUGCCGGCCGGGGUGAUAAACCCCUCGGUUCCGAUCCGGAAUAUCAAGAUGAAAUUCGCCGUCCUCAUCGGUCUGAUCCAGGUCGGGGAGGUUAGCAACAGAGAUAUCGUCGAGACGGUUCUGAAUCUGCUGGUGGGCGGCGAGUUCGACCUGGAGAUGAACUUCAUCAUCCAGGACGCGGAGAGCAUCGGCUGCAUGGUGGAGCUGCUGGAGCACUGCGACGUGACGUGCCAGGCGGAGAUCUGGAGCAUGUUCACCGCCAUCCUGCGCAAGAGCGUGCGCAACCUGCAGACCAGCACCGAGGUGGGCCUCAUCCAGCAAGUGCUGCUCAAGAUGGCCGCCGUGGACGACAUGAUCGCAGACCUGCUGGUAGACAUGCUGGGGGUGAUGGCCAGCUACAGCAUCACAGUGAAGGAGCUGAAACUGCUCUUCAGCAUGCUGCGCGGAGAGAAUGGAGUCUGGCCGAGGCACGCCAUUAAGCUGCUGUCGGUGCUGAAUCAGAUGCCACAGAGGCACGGCCCUGACACCUUCUUCAACUUCCCAGGACGCAGUGCGGCGGCCAUCGCCCUACCUCCCAUUGCCAAAUGGCCUUACCAGAACGGCUUCACCCUCAACACCUGGUUCAGAAUGGACCCCCUCAACAACAUCAACGUGGACAAGGACAAGCCCUACCUGUACUGUUUUCGCACCAGCAAAGGGAUCGGCUACUCGGCCCACUUCGUGGGGAACUGCCUGAUCGUGACGUCGCUCAAGUCCAAGGGCAAGGGGUUCCAGCACUGCGUCAAGUACGACUUCCAGCCGCGCAAGUGGUACAUGAUCAGCAUCGUUCACAUCUACAACCGCUGGCGAAACAGCGAAAUCCGCUGCUACGUCAACGGGCAGCUGGUCUCCUACGGCGACAUGGCCUGGCACGUCAACACCAACGACAGCUAUGAUAAAUGCUUCCUGGGGUCGUCGGAGACAGCUGACGCCAACAGGGUCUUCUGCGGCCAGCUGGGGGCGCUGUACGUCUUCAGCGAAGCGCUCAAUCCCGCGCAGAUAUUCGCCAUCCAUCAGCUGGGGCCCGGAUACAAGAGCACGUUCAAGUUCAAGUCGGAGAGCGACAUCCACCUGGCCGAGCACCACAAGCAGGUGCUGUACGACGGGAAGCUGGCCAGCAGCAUCGCCUUCACCUACAACGCCAAGGCCACCGACGCCCAGCUGUGCCUGGAGUCCUCGCCCAAGGAGAACCCCUCCAUCUUUGUGCAUUCGCCCCACGCCCUCAUGCUCCAGGAUGUGAAAGCCAUCGUGACGCACUCCAUCCACAGCGCCAUCCACUCCAUCGGCGGGAUCCAGGUGCUGUUCCCGCUCUUCGCCCAGCUGGACUACCGCCAGCAGAACGACAGCCAGGUGGAGACCACCGUCUGUGCCACUCUCCUGGCCUUCCUGGUGGAGCUGCUGAAGAGCUCAGUGGCCAUGCAGGAGCAGAUGCUGGGUGGGAAGGGCUUCCUGGUGAUUGGCUAUCUCCUGGAGAAGGCCUCGCGGGUCCACAUCACCCGGGCGGUGCUGGAGCAGUUCCUGUCCUUCGCCAAAUACCUGGACGGCCUGACCCACGGCGCCCCCCUGCUCAAGCAGCUGUGUGACCACAUCCUGUUCAACGCUGCCAUCUGGAUCCACACGCCCGCCAAGGUCCAACUCUCCCUGUACACGUACUUGUCCGCGGAGUUCAUCGGCACGGCGACCAUCUACAGCACCAUCCGCAGGGUGGGGACGGUACUGCAGCUGAUGCACACGCUGAAGUACUACUACUGGGCCAUCAACCCCCUGGACAGCAGCGGCAUUGCCCCCAAAGGCCUGGAUGGACCGCGCCCUUCGCAGAAGGAGGUCAUUUCACUGCGAGCCUUCAUGCUCCUCUUCCUCAAACAGCUCAUCCUGAAGGACCGCGGUGUUAAGGAGGACGAGCUGCAGAGCAUUCUGAAUUACCUGCUGACCAUGCACGAGGAUGAUAACAUCCACGACGUGCUUCAGCUCCUGGUGGCUCUGAUGUCAGAGCAUCCCGCCUCCAUGAUCCCCGCCUUUGACCAGAGGAGUGGAAUACGGGUUAUCUACAAGCUGCUGGCUUCCAAGAGCGAGAGCAUCCGUGUGCAGGCGCUGAAGGUCCUGGGGUACUUCCUGAAGCACCUGGGCCACAAAAGGAAAGUGGAGAUCAUGCACACGCACAGCCUGUUCACCCUGCUGGGGGAAAGGCUGAUGAUGCACACCAGCACGGUGACGGUCACCACCUACAACACGCUGUACGAGAUUCUGACGGAGCAGGUGUGCACGCAGGUGGUUCACAAGCCCCACCCUGAGCCUGACUCCACCGUGAAGAUCCAGAAUCCCAUGAUUCUGAAGGUGGUGGCCACGCUGCUGAAGAACGCCACGCCCAGUGUGGAGCUGAUGGAGGUGCGGCGGCUCUUCCUGUCAGACAUGAUCAAGCUGUUCAGCAACAGCAGGGAGAACAGACGGUGUCUUCUGCAGUGCUCCGUGUGGCAGGACUGGAUGUUCUCUCUGGGCUACAUCAACCCCAAGAGCCCGGAGGAGCAGAAGAUCGCCGAGAUGGUCUACAACAUCUUCCGCAUCCUGCUCUACCACGCCAUCAAGUACGAGUGGGGCGGCUGGCGCGUGUGGGUGGACACGCUCUCCAUCGCGCACUCCAAGGUGACCUACGAGGCCCACAAGGAGUACCUGGCCAAGAUGUAUGAGGAGUACCAGCGGCAGGAGGAGGAGAACAUCAAGAAGGGGAAGAAGGGUUCGGUGAGCACCAUCUCCGGGCUCUCCGCCCAGGCCCCGCCCCCCGUCGUGAACGGCGCCAUGGAGAUCCGCGAGGCGGACGACGGCUCGCAGACGCAGACGCCCGAGAGCGAGGCGGACUACCCCGAGAGCGGGGACCCCCGAAACCUGCUGGUGGAGACCAAGGCCGCGGAGGAGGCGGGGGGCGCGGGAGGGGCGGGGCAGGCCACCACCCCCGGGGUGCGGGUGGAGGUGCACGACCUGCUGGUGGACAUCAAGGCGGAGAAGGUGGAGGCCACCGAGGUGAAGCUGGACGACCUGGACCUGUCGCCGGAGACGCUGGUGGUGGGUGUGGGUGUGGGGGUGGGGGUGGGGGUGGGGGUCCAGGAGAACGGGCCCCUGGUGGGCGUGGACUCCCUCCUGGACAACGUGUACUGCGCCGCCGUGGAGAAGCUGAGCGCCGACGUGGGCGUGGGCAUCGGCGUCGUCAACGGCGACGGCGGCCUGGCCCCCAAGGGCACCCCGGAGGACGGGGACCUGGGCCCGCUCAUCACCCUGGCCGACGAGAAGGACAGCGUCCCCAGCAACAACGGCUUCCUGUUCAGCAAGGUGGCGACCGGCGAGCCGCUGGUCCACACCAGCGCCAGCGACGACCUCAGCCUGCUGGCCCACAUGACCACGGGCGGGGCCGACCUGGCUCCGCCCCCGACCCCGCCCCCGCCGGGCUCCGGCGGCACGCUGGAGGAGGACGGCGGCUUCGGGCUGCAGAGCCCGCUGGCGGACAUCGGCGACGUCGACAUGGUCGCCCGGGGUGCCGAGAUCGGCGAUGGCGACCCCUCGGUCGGCAGGACGGGGGGCGGAGAUGCAGCCAGCACCGCCUCCGACACCGAGCGCUCUGACGACGGCAAGGACAGGGAGAUGAAGAAGAUCCAGACCACAGCCACCACUCAGGCCCUCCACGGCCGCACGGCCAGCCAGCUGGAGCGGGACCUGCGGGUGGACCUGGGCUUCCGCGGCAUGCCCAUGACGGAGGAGCAGCGGCGGCAGUUCAGCCCGGGCCCGCGCACCACCAUGUUCCGCAUCCCGGAGUUCAAGUGGUCCGCCAUGCACCAGCGGCUGCUGACCGACCUGCUCUUCGCCCUGGAGACCGACGUGCACGUCUGGCGCAGCCAUUCCACCAAGUCCGUGAUGGACUUUGUGAACAGCAACGAGAACAUCAUUUUCGUCCACAACACCAUCCAUCUCAUUUCCCAGAUGGUUGACAACAUCAUCAUCGCCUGCGGAGGGAUCCUGCCCCUGCUGUCCGCCGCCACCUCCCCCUCUGUAAGUAAGGAUGGCAGCGCUAGCUCCCAAAAGCUGUCAAAAUCCGGAGAGGUCGCCCCAGGGUCUGGGGGCGCUGGCCUGGGGGCCGAGACGGAGCUGGAGAACAUCGAGGCGACGCAGGGCAUGUCCUCGGAGACGGCGGUGACCUUCCUGAGCCGCCUGAUGGCCAUGGUGGACGUGCUGGUGUUCGCCAGCUCCCUCAACUUCAGCGAGAUCGAGGCCGAGAAGAACAUGUCCUCCGGGGGCCUGAUGCGCCAGUGCCUGAGACUGGUGUGCUGUGUAGCGGUGAGGAACUGUUUGGAGUGCAGGCAGAGGCAGAGGGACAGAGGAGUCAAAUCCUCCUUCCACAGCAGCGGCAGCACUAAGACCCAGGAGAGCCUGCAGGGCAUCCCUGCGGCCAGCAAGCAGGACCCUGACAGGCUGCUGCAGGACGUGGACAUCAACCGACUCCGGGCCGUCGUCUUCCGCGAUGUGGACGACAGUAAGCAGGCGCAGUUCCUGGCCCUGGCUGUGGUCUACUUCAUCUCCGUCCUCAUGGUGUCCAAGUACCGGGACAUCCUGGAGCCGCAGCGGGAGAUUGGCAGGUCCAGCAGCCUAUCGGGGAGGAGCAUUCGGCAUGAGAUCAACUCCCCCACCAGCACGGAGAACCCCUCGGUGCUGACGGACAGCGGCCGGGACAAGGACACGCCCACGCCGGUGGAGGACCUGGCGCUGGAGGUGUCGCUCCCCCACACGGACUCGGGCAUCGGGGAGGAGCCGGUCUCCGGCGUGCUGAACGGGGCGGAGCUGGAGCCGGGCGGGGUGGGCGAGCUCCUCUGCUCCCUCUCCGCCGACGUCAAGCGCUCCCGUGAGAGCCUGCUGGACCCGCCCACCGUCGACGCCCUCAAGCCCGCCCCCUCCAUCUCCAGCAUCUCCCACGGCAACAAGGGCAUCAACGUCAAGGAGAUCCUCAAGAGCCUGGUGGCGGCGCCCGUGGAGGGGGCGGAGCCCGGGCCCGAGCCCCUCCCCUACCCAGACCCCGCCCUCAAGGCCCAGGCCCAGGCCAUGCUGCCCAUGCAGUUCCACUCCUUUGACAGGAGUGUGGUGGUUCCGGUGAAGAAGCCCCCUCCGGGCAGCCUGUCAGUCAACACGGUUGGCACGCCGACCGCCAGUGGGGCGGUGGCCUCAGGAAGCACGCCCAACAUCUUUGCUGCUGCCACGGCAACACCAAAAAGCAUGAUCAACACGACAGGUGCCACAGACUCCACCUCCUCUUCCUCCUCCUCUUCCUCCAGCUUUGUGAACGGAGCCACCAGUAAAAACCUGCCGGCGGUGCAGACGGUGGCCCCCAUGCCUGAGGACACGGUGGAGAACAUGAGUAUCACCACUAAGCUGGAGCGUGCUCUGGAGAAGGUGGCCCCGUUGCUAAGGGAGAUCUUUGUGGAUUUUGCACCGUUCCUGUCGCGCACACUGCUGGGCAGCCACGGGCAGGAGCUGCUCAUAGAAGGCCUGGUGUGUAUGAAGUCCAGCACUUCAGUGGUGGAGCUGGUAAUGCUGCUGUGCUCUCAGGAGUGGCAGAACUCUAUCCAGAAGAACGCUGGGCUGGCCUUCAUCGAGCUCAUCAACGAGGGAAGGCUGCUGUGCCAUGCCAUGAAGGACCACAUCGUGCGCGUCGCCAACGAGGCCGAGUUCAUCCUCAACCGGCAGAGGGCCGAGGACGUCCACAAGCACGCCGAGUUCGAGUCGAACUGCGCCCAGUACGCCGCGGACAGGAAGGACGAGGAGAAGAUGUGCGAUCACCUGAUCAGCGCCGCCAAGCACAGAGACCAUGUGACCGCCAACCAGCUCAAGCAGAAGAUCCUCAACAUCCUGACCAAUAAGCACGGGGCCUGGGGUGUGCUCUCUCAGAGUCAGCUGCACGACUUCUGGCGGCUGGACUACUGGGAGGACGACCUGCGACGGAGGCGGAGAUUCGUACGCAACGCCUUCGGCUCCACCCACCUGGACAUCGCCCUCAAGACCCUGGAGGAGUACGGCACGGAGGAGGAGGAGGAGGAGGGGGUCAAGUCCAAGAAGUCGUUCCGCAGCCAGGCAGUGGCCAAUCAGAGCCCAGAGACGGAGCUGAUGCUGGAGGGGGACGACGACGCGGUCAGCCUGCUGCAGGAGAAGGAGAUCGACAACCUGGCAGGCCCGGUGGUUUUGAGCACCCCCGCUCAGCUCGUGGCCCCCGUUGUCGUGGCUCGCGGGACGCUCUCCAUCACCACCACUGAGAUCUAUUUUGAAGUGGACGAAGAUGACCCCGCAUUCAAAAAAAUUGACGCCAAAGUCCUGGCCUACUCCGAGGGUCUGCAUGGGAAGUGGAUGUUCAGUGAGAUCCGUGCGGUGUUCUCCCGCCGGUACCUGCUGCAGAACACCGGCCUGGAGGUCUUCAUGGCCAACAGAACGUCCGUCAUGUUCAACUUUCCCGACCAGGCCACGGUGAAGAAGGUGGUGUACAGUUUGCCGCGGGUGGGCGUCGGCACCAGCUACGGCCUGCCGCAGGCCAGGAGGAUCUCCUUGGCAACGCCACGACAGCUCUUCAAGUCCUCCAACAUGACCCAGCGCUGGCAGAGGCGUGAGAUCUCAAACUUUGAGUACCUGAUGUUCCUCAACACCAUCGCAGGGAGGACCUACAAUGAUCUUAACCAGUAUCCCAUCUUCCCCUGGGUUCUCACCAACUAUGAGUCUGAGGAGCUGGACCUCACCCUCCCUGGAAACUUCAGAGACCUGUCCAAGCCAAUCGGAGCGCUCAACCCCAAACGCGCCGUGUUCUAUGCCGAGCGCUACGAGACGUGGGAAGAGGACCAGACGCCGCCGUAUCACUAUGACAACCUCUACUCCUCCGCCGUGGCCACGCUCCUCUGGCUCGUCAGAAUAGAGCCCUUCACCACCUUCUUCCUCAACGCCAACGACAACAAGUUCGACCACCCCGACCGCACCUUCUCCUCCAUCGCCCGCUCCUGGAGGAACUGCCAGCGCAACACCUCCGACGUCAAGGAGCUGAUCCCGGAGUUCUAUUACCUCCCGGAGAUGUUUGUGAACAGUAACGGGUACGAGCUGGGCGUGAGAGACGACGGGGCCCCCGUGUGCGACGUGGACCUGCCCCCCUGGGCCAAGAAACCGGAGGACUUCGUUCGGAUUAACAGGAUGGCGCUGGAGAGCGAGUUCGUGUCCUGCCAGCUCCACCAGUGGAUCGACCUCGUUUUCGGCUACAAGCAGCGGGGGCCCGAGGCGGUGCGCGCCCUCAACCUCUUCCACUACCUGUCCUAUGAGGGCUCCGUCGCCCUGGAAACCAUCGCCGACCCCCUGCAGAGAGAGGCGAUGGAGACGCAGAUCCUGUGUUUGGGACAGGUCCCGUCCCAGCUGCUCAUCGAGCCCCACCCCCCCCGCAGCUCCGCCAUGCACCUGUGUUUCCUUCCGCAGAGCCCCCUCAUGUUUAAGGACCAGAUGCAGCAGGACGUGAUCAUGGUGCUCAAGUUCCCCUCCAACUCGCCUGUCACCCAUGUGGCGGCCAACACCCUCCCCCACCUCAGCGUCCCGGCCGCCGUCACCGUCACCUGCAGCCGGCUCUUCGCCGUCAACCGCUGGCACAACACCGUCGGUCUAAGAGGAGCUCCAGGGUACUCUCUGGAACAGGCUCAUCACCUGCCCAUUGAGAUGGACCCCCUGAUUGCCAAUAACUCCGGGAUGAAUAAGAGACAGAUCACGGACCUGGUGGACCAGAGCAUCCAGAUCAACACGCACUGCUUCGUAGUGACGGCCGACAACCGCUACAUCCUGGUGUGCGGCUUCUGGGACAAGAGCUUCCGCGUCUACUCCACUGAGACAGGAAAGCUGACCCAGAUCGUUUUUGGGCACUGGGACGUGGUGACGUGUCUGGCCCGGUCCGAGUCCUACAUCGGGGGCGACUGCUACAUCGUUUCGGGGUCCCGGGACGCCACGCUGCUGCUGUGGUACUGGAGCGGGCGGCACCACAUCAUCGGGGAUAACCCCAACAACAGUGAUUACCCAGCUCCCCGGGCGGUCCUGACCGGUCAUGACCAUGAGGUGGUCUGCGUCUCGGUCUGCGCGGAGCUGGGUUUGGUCAUCAGUGGAGCGAAAGAGGGGCCGUGCCUGGUCCACACCAUCACAGGGGACCUGUUGCGGGCCCUUGAGGGCCCGGAGAACUGCCUGAGGCCCCAGCUGAUCUCCGUGUCCAGCGAGGGCCACUGCAUCAUCUGCUACGAGCGCGGCCGCUUCUGCAACUUCAGCAUUAACGGCAAGCUGCUGGCGCAGAUGGAGGUCAACGACUCCACCCGAGCCAUCCUCCUGAGCAGCGACGGACAGAACCUGGUGACGGGCGGGGACAACGGGGUGGUGGAGGUGUGGCAGGCCUGCGACUUCAAGCAGCUCUACAUCUACCCCGGGUGCGACGCGGGCAUCCGGGCCAUGGACCUGUCACAUGACCAAAGGACUCUGAUCACCGGGAUGGCGUCCGGCAGCAUUGUGGCUUUCAACAUCGACUUCAACCGCUGGCACUACGAGCACCAGAACAGGUACUGAGGGAGGAGCUGGGGGGGAGGAGCCAAGAGGAGGUGCCAAACUGAAGCCACGCCCCCUUCACCCGCCCCAUCCGUCCCACCCCCAGCCGCCAACUCGCACCGCGCGGCCACAGGCGGCCAGGCCGGGAGGGUAGGCGGGCGACUGGAAGACUAAACAAAAAAAAAAACAAAACAAAAAAAACAGAAGAAAAGAGAAAAAAGAAACGAACAAAAAAAAAAGGUAUAAAUUAAUAGAGGAGGAAGGGAGAAAGACUUGAGCCUCGCGUUCGACGCGGUUUGAGGGGAGUGGCCCCCCCGUCCUGACGUGUCGGGGCGGGGCGUCAUCAUCGCGUUCAGCCUCGCUACUCGACCAUCCCACCUGCCACCACAAACGCACAUCUCCAUAGCGACGCACCGUAGUCAGGGCAACGCCCGUCCACCAGUAGCCGAAGUGCUGUAGUUAGGAGACGCCCAUCGGUUGUAGCCAAAAAAAAAAAGAAAGAAAGAAAAGAAAAUAUACUUUCUUGCGUGCGUGUGUGUGUGCGUAUGUGUUUUAUCAGACUACCCCCAACCUGUGUGGAUUGGUCAGACGCUUCUGUACUGUAGGUCUUUAAAUCUUUAAAUACGGAGGCAAGGAAAGACUACUGCUGAGAGAUCCAAGAUCCACAAUCAUAGGCGUGCGUGGUCAGAGCGAGCAUCUCAUCAAUCAGAGUACUACUGCACAUGAGUUCGGACAAAAAAAGCUGUUUAUUUCUCAUGUGACUCUCCCACCCCUAAAGCAUCCUAGGUCAUUAUCUAUCCAGCUCCGGCAGCCAAUAAACAGCCACUCAUAAUUUCAGUGAAUGAUUGAAAUUUCUGAUGUGUAUCCUGUCCCCAACUUCCUCCUCUCUUAGGGGUGCAUUGUGCGUAGAGAAGAAUAAAAACCUGCAGAAACAAUAAUACAUGAAUAAAAAUAACGGGGUGUUUCUCAUCCAGACAGGGAGGUUGAUCACAAUUCAUUUUUUAAAAAAUAAAUAAAUAAAGCUACUGAUUCAUUUUUCUUUUUUUUACAAGUUUGUUUUUGACAGAUGGCCCCUAACUGAGAUCUGAUUGGUUCAUAACCAUACCCUUAGCAGUCUCUUGGGCAUGUCCUAUCCAAAGCCACCUCAUUGAGAUGGCAGUGCAUCAUGGUCAACAAAGUAAAUCCCCUUAUUUAUUUCUGAAUUUGUUAUCAAUGAUAGGUCCUCUAAAACCAGCCCUUGUAAAUGCAGUCUGAUUUCCUAAUCACUCUCUGCAUAUUAAGUUUUAGGAGGAAGUGAAGCUUGACGUGAAAUUCCUGUUCUUUCCUGUCUAUAUUUAUUUAUUCAUAACUGAAUGUUUGUAAAAGAUAAUGUGUAAUAACAAUGCUGAAAAUGAUUAUGGAAGUGGGAGUUUAAGAGUCAGGGUUCUCCCAGGUCUGUUCGCAGGAGGAAAACUGAUUCUUUAAAGAUUUGGCAAUUAUUAUUAUUAUUUUUUUGUCAUGGUUUGCAUAAUCAUAAUUUGUGAUGAGUGCCAAAAGUACUGAUUUUUCUGAAGAUGUUGUUGGGGGGGGGGGGGGUUCACUCAUCACAAAUAUCACUUAUUCUCAGUUAUCAGUUCAAGAAAAUGAAUUGGUGGAUAUCUUUGAAUUGUCGCUUUGCCCCAGAAACGUCAUUAUCAGGUCUGUCCGUUUCUUGGUCACCCUCCAUGAAUCAAUACAUUUUUUUUUUUUUGUUUUUUUUUUGGUUCCAGAUCCCUUGCUCAUUGGUGUUCGUAUUCAGACGGGGGGCGCGGUGAUCAAAUUUUACAAUCACAAGACUGUAAAGCAAUAUCAUGAGUGUGUAGCCAAGGUUGGGAGGGAUGCGAGGGAGGAGCUGGCUGUGUCUGGACGUAUAGAUCAAACAAAUGUACAUGUACAUGCUCAUUUGCAUACACACACACACAAACACACACAUACACCAAACAGAACAAAUUCUGAGCUUAAGCAGGUGAAUAUCAUCCAAAAAAAAGAUUAUUCAUAUUAUUUUUUUGGAUCUAUAAAAGUCCUAAAGCUACUUUAAGAAAUCCUAAUGCUAGUUUGAUUUUAUGUUUUGUUGAAAAGAUAUUGAAUAUGUUUGGCUUGAAAGGAGAGGGCGUUCAAAAAAAAAAAAAAGAAAAUAUGCAAGGAACUGGAAGAUUGGUGUUUUCUGUUGCCAUGGGUGAUGUACAGAAGCCAAUUCCAGACAGAACUGUAGCUUCGCAUGCAAGGAAUUUUUUGGAUUAGGGGUGGGGACCUGUACCUGAGUGUCUGAUUUUAUUUAUCACUUUUUGUUCAUGUCUAUAAAUAAUUUUUUUUUUUUUUUUUUGGUUCGUAUUUUCAGUUUGAUAUUAUUCAGGCUUUUCACUCUUAAAGUGGAACAUGGGCUGUGGUAUGUUGUAAUUUUGAAUAA